UCCAAUGCCUGGCCCCACCCCAGGACAUACUCCGGGGCACGUUGAGGGUACAUAUGCUCCCUUAGACCCCAGCCACACCCAGGGACUUCCUGUAGCAUCCCAAACAGAUCCAAGAGUUGCCUUUGGUCCAGUUAAUACUGAAUAUUCCUACCCUGUAGGUUAUCCUGAAGGAGACUACCCCGGAUACCAGCCUGGUUACCCUGGGUUACAACCUGGGGUACACCCUGGGGUACAACCUGGGUUCUACCCCCUACCCGCUGGGGGCUCACCUGUCCCCCCAGGCGGUUAUUCUGUGGGUCAACAGGUAUACAUCCCGACAGGGCCAGCACAGAGUGUGGGGUAUAAGCCUGGAAGAGUCUAUUAUUCAGCAGGUGGGAAAACACCAGUCAGGAUCUACUACCCUACAAAUGGAAGAAUCCCCAUGCCUUCAUCUGGUCCACCCCCUCCGCCGGGAAUGCAUAGUGUUGGAGUUAUCUCCCCUGGACCACGCCCAGGAUCCAUGCCAGUGACACCUAUUGCUACGGGGACUCCAAUUUCGGAUUCCAGACUUUCGACAACUGUCAACUUUGAUGGAUCAUUCAUAACACCUCCAAGCCCGAUACGAUCUGUUGCCAUGGAGUCUCCGGUAGCUCCCAGGGGAAUUCUGAAGAAUGGAGGAGACGGAGUUGCUGUGGAUGAUGACAGCUAUCUGUUCUGUAACGUCCCAGAGCAUCAUGACCUGGAGGACUACAUUGCUGAACUGCAGGAGAAACUGAGAAAAGUUCAAAUCAAGAUUUCACAUCAAGAGGACAUUCAUGAGGAGAUAAUUAUGGAUGAAGAGAAGAGGCUCAUCCACAGACUCAAGACCGAGCUGGAGGAUCGUCGAGAUGAGCUGGAAGGCCUUGACCUUGCCAUUGAGAGGCAGAAGAAGAACCUCAAGAAACUGAAGUAUAAUGAGAAGAGCAUCCGGGAGAAGAGGUCGUCAGCCAAGGAGGAGCUGGAGUUCCUCCGCAUGAGGAACAUGAGGAGCACCAUCAAGAACAAACAGAGGAAGUACGAAGAAGACGACAGCUUGGAUGAGUCGGAGUGUCGCAGCCGUCAGACAUUCCUGCAGGAUGAGAUCGCGUGUCUGGAGAAGACUCUCGCCAAGAGGACCGGGCAGUUACGGGAGGCAGACAAGCUGUUGAAGGAGUGUAACACUGACCUCAAGGAUGCCCGCGAACAGGCCCGUGACACUGUGAAGAAGUACGACACUGCCUCAGUCAACCUGCAGACCACUGCUCUUGAGGCCAAGGAGCUUGAGAAGAGAGCCACCGAGUCUGGGAUCCAGCUGGUCAAGACGCAGGAACAGCUCGCUUCACUCAGGACCGAGGUCCGGGGGCUGGAGAGGAAGAGGGAGAAGCAGGAGAAGUUACUUCAUGAGGUCAUGCAGGUUUUGGCAAAGAAGGAUAGCGAAUUUAAAGAGGUUGACUCAAAACUUAAAAUCUCAACAAAGAACUUGCAUCGGGUGUCUUCGGAACUGAAAACAUCCCAGAUGAAGGAGAAGGAACAUGUAGAUGCUCUACGAGAAAGUGACGACAUUUUGUCAAAACGACGCAUGGAGUUGUCACGGUUACGAGAUCAGUAUUCCAAGGUUAAGAGCGCCAUGGGCUCCAAGCUGGACAGUCAGCGGGCAGAGCUGGAGAAGCUGGACCAGACGAUGGGGAAGAAGAAGACGGAGCUGCAGCUGAUGACUGAGGCGAUGGAGAGACGGCAGACUGACCUCAGCUCUGUGUUGAGAGAAGCUGAGACGGAGAUCACCAGCAAGCACAGGGAGCUCAGGGAUCAGAGAGAACACAUCAAGACAACUGAGCAGCAGAAGUUGGACAUUCUGAAUCUGAUCAAGUCGAAGCGGGCGGAGCUGGCUCGGCUGAAGGGGGAGACGGAGCAGGAGGAUGAAGUCCUUCAGCGACUCAUCAGCUCGGUCAACAAGCACAAGACGGAGCUGAAGCAUGUGUAUGAGAUGCAGAAGUAUGAGCAGACAGAGCUGGAGAACCUGAAGGCUCAACACAACCUGAAGAUCGCCGAGCUGGAGAAAACACAGAGGGCACUGAUAGAGGAGAAGUCGGAACUGGAACAGCUGAGCACCGAGACCAACAGGAAGUCAUCGGAGGUGGAGAGGUUGCGGCAGACGUUGGAACGAGAGAGACAGGACGUGGACCACCUGACGUUGGAGAAGCAGGCGCUAGAGGACCGUAUCUCCACCUUGGUACGAGAGCGGGACAUGCUGAACGAGAACUGCAAGAACCUGGACGACAAGCUCAACCAGAUGAAACGGAAUCAUCGGAUCAUGGAUGAGAAGAUUGAGUCAUCAUCUGACAGGUUGGAGAGGGUGGAGUCGGAACUCCGACAGCGUGAACGAGAGAUGGAUGAUUCCAAUCAUCAGAGGUCACUCAUGCAGAAGGAUGUCAGCUCUCUCAAACAGAACGUCAAAGAAAGUCGGACGGAGCUGCAGACACUGGAGGAGAACAUCCAGGAGUCAGAAGAACAUCUCCGGGCAGCUCGAACAGAAUCUACGGGAAGCGCACAGCCAGCGGGAUGAGGUUAAGGUGGAGAUAGAGAGGCUGAACGAAGCUAUACGUUCAACAAGGUUUUCCCAUGAAGAGGCGCUACGCCAGGAGAAGUCCAAACAGGUGGAGCU